AUGCCGUUUCUUUCGCAAAGGUCUCCAGUUGGUGGUCCGGCCAAGACUAACCAAUGCGACUUGCGGAUAACGCCAGCUACGAUAUCGAAGACUGAAGAUUUAAAGGAACUGCGUCAAAUCCUCAAUCAAUCCAUCGACGAGUUGCUCCUAGCGCUAGAUAACAAUGGUCGAGAUCCACCCUCGUUGCAGCAAUGUAACCCAGAAGCUCUUCUUGCCACUCCAGUUGGAGAGAAACCACGAAGAAACAUUGUCAGAGUGUGUGAGAAAUUGACAACCUUAGUUCAGGGACCUAUGGAUUGGAUGAUGCAAUCGACUGGUGGACACGUAUUUCCCGCUGUUCUCAAUACUGCUAUGGAGCUCAAGCUUCAUCAUCUGGUAUCUACGGAUCCUAGAAAUCCGACGAGCUUGGCAGAUCUGGAGAAGAAAAGUGGCGGAUCUCAAGAGCUGAUCAGCCGCCUGCUUCGCUACUUAACGCAGCGAUUUGUGUUCCAGGAAGUUUCGCCAGGUCAUUACUCUCAUAAUGCAAAUUCAAGUAUCUUACGGCUGCAAGGGGUCGAGGCUCUCAUGGGACUAUGCUCCGAUGACAUAUUUCGUGCAGCCUCAGCUCUCUCAACGGUAAUGAAAGAAAACAGCUUCCAAGUAGACAACGGGAAGAGUGCAUUUUCAAAGGCUUUUCAAACCGAUUUGGAAUCAUUUGAUUAUUACUACCAGAAAGAACCAGAUCGAGGUCGCCGUUUUUCCCUUGGGAUGACCCCCUUCACUGGUUCUUACGCAUCCAGUCUAGCUUUGUUUCCAUUUCAGGACCUUCGCUCAGGAGCCCUCAUUGUCGACGUAGGUGGAGGCAGUGGACACGUCUCUAACGAGAUUGCGAGGGCAAACCCGCAUCUCAAGUUUAUUGUACAGGACUAUGAGGAGCCAAUAUCCAUCGGAAGAACGACCUACAAAGAUUCCGGCUUACCAAUUGAGUGGCAGGUGCACAACGCCUUUCACCCACAGCCUGUGAAAGGAGCCGAUGUGUAUUUCAUGCGGCGUGUGUUGCAUGACCACUCAGACUCUGUUGCAGCUAACGUUUUGAGGAUGAUAGUUGAGGCUAUGGAUAAGGGGUCUCGAAUUCUAAUUGAGGAUAUGAUUGCCCCAGACCUGUACGGUGAAGAUAGCGAGUGGUUCAUCAACCACGCGGACAUUGUCAUGAUGGCGAUGCACAAUGCUCAAGAGCGAACUAUCGCGCAAUGGGAGAGAUUGCUCAAGAAGGCGGAUGAAAGACUUACAAUUGUGAAGGUUUGGAAAGGGGAUGAGGACGCCAGAGGAAACUGUGCCAUUAUAGAGGCUACUUUGAGGAUGUAG